UUCUACUGUUGUUGAUUAUUACUGCUGCUGCAGAGCAAGUAUGGGCUUGUCAGUACAAUAGAUACACAGACACACUGCUCUGGCUCUCAAGGACUAGAAGGACUAAACUAAACAUUUUACAACGUGCCAAUGAUUUUCUUAUAAGCUUCCUUUGUUUAUUGGUGUCACGUUAAUAAGCCAAAUUAAAAUAUAGUUUUUAAACAGCAAACAAUGAGUAGUAACGAAACAAGUUUCCUUCUGUUUUUCAAAUUAGCUAGCAGUACUUGCAAGUUGACCGAUUAAAGAUUAAUCAUAAAUGCGUGAGCAUACAUGUCCGUAGGUGUUGUGGCAGUGACUCAGGGGAGACAGGUCACCAGUCUGAGGGAGUAAUUGAGAUCACAGUGGGGGAGGAAAAAUGCCAUGUGUUCCUCCAAUGAUUGAGUGAGAAAGGAUGCGUAAGAGACAGAGGACAAGCAAGAGAGUUCAAGCUCUCCCAGCUGUAAUUCUGUUUAAAAUGCACUCUACGCAAAACAUUGAUGUGUCGUCUCCCUCCUCCCCAUAGCACUCUCUCUCUGCUUUAUGUGCCGUCUGCUGUUCUAAUCAGAUAGAAGAGCUUUUCUGUGCAGCGGUGUGGAUGUGGAGCUCUUUCUGAAGCAGACUUGAGCCAUGCCAAACAGAGAAAGCCACAGGUCACACUCUCUGAACGCUUCAGAGGGAUUCUGUCCGCAACAACGAGACGAUCUAUGAAGUGACUCUUCUCAUUUCUUACGAUUCUUCAAAAUCAUUGCAUGACGUCUCAAACCAGCCUUCAUCAUCAAACUGUGCGUGCAUAAGAAAAUCUUGACCUAAAACAAACUCGACAUGACUAUCGCCAUUCAGAACAUCACCGCCACCUCUGCCAUCGUCAGCUGGCCGUCUUCUCCAGGCUGUGUGGACACGUUCUACAGCGUCAUGUAUCACCCUAACUGGAACAGCCUUCUGAUGGGUUACACACGCAAGAGUUUUCUGCGCGAGGACAGGGUUCCCGUGAGCCAGACUUCUACCAGUCUGGGCAACCUUAGUCCUCAGACCACAUACAUCCUCUGCGUCACCUGCCAGUCUGCAAAUCCCACCAGAGAGCAGUGCCAAGUCUUUAGUACCCUAGAUGAGGGCACUGAGCUCGGGGAGAGCAGCAGGGAGCUGGCAAUGGGAGUCUGGCUGGCCAGCAGCAUUCUCUUGCUGAUCAUUGCCGUGGCUCUGCUUUGGGGAUGUCUCCAUACCAUGUGUCCAGCAAAGAGGAACCCAGAAAGAGGUAGCCAGCCAGGUCCGAACCCUCCACACCUGGCUCUGACCCCCAUGGGUGGGAAGAUGGGAAGUGAAGGAAGAAAAAGUCUAUACAUGCCCGGUUGCGGCGAGGAGGACUUUCAGAACGCAACAGUGAUCGAGAAUCCUUUUCGAGUCGAGCAUGGCAGAGAAAUGGCAAACGGAAGUCGUGAACUUCAAACAUCGAGUAAUAAACAAAGAUUUGGCCCCGAGUCAGAAUAACUGGGCUGCCAAAUUAUCACUGUGAUAUACAGACCCUCGAAAUUAAAACUAUUAGAACCUACACAAUGAGGACAAUCAACGGGGUGGAAACAAUUUUGAGGAAAUGAGGCUCAAGCAGUUGGGCUAAGCUGACCAGGUUUAAUUAGCAUUUAAAUGUCAGAUAAAAACAUCAUUAACUAAUCAACCAGACUGAACAGAAUCAACUGAAGCAGAAUCAACUGUAAUUCUAUAGACUUUAAGGUACGCAAAGUGUAAUAUGUAAUAUAUAUAUAUAGCCUCUUCGAGCUACACUGUAAUUCUAUAGACUUUAAGGUAUAUAUAUAUAUAUAUAUAUAUAUAUAUAUAUAUAUUGUAAUAUGCCUCUUCUAUAACAUGAGUUGAUGCAUUCAGAAUUUAUUCAUCUAGGUUUAACAUUUUAGCCCAUUACUACAAAUUUUUUUAUUAAUUUAUUAUAAAAAAUUCCCCCCACUUUGAAAAUUAUAAUUUUACGCUUAAAUAGUACCAAAUACACACAAGAUAUAUAUAUAUAUAUAUAUAUAUAUAUAUAUAUAUAUAUAUAUAUAUAUAUAUAUAUAUAUAUAUAUAUAUAUAUAUAUAUAUAUACAUAUAUAUAUAUAUACACACAUAUAUAUAUAUAUAUAUAGCUUUAAUGUAAUGGGGUUUUUUUUGCAUUUAAUGUCUCUGUGAGUUGAUAGUCUCUGUGCAUUCAUUGAUAUCCUCUGCUUGAAAUGUAUCUUGCUUAAUAAAAAACAUUUCCCUGUA